AAGCAACAGCGCAUGCAUUGGGCGAUGUCUGUGGGUUGUUGUAUUAUUUUUUUUAAUCAUGAAUGACACCAGAGUCGCUGUUUGGGUUAUAAAAGAGUUCUUGGAAUGCUGAGUUACAGGAAAGAGGAUGAAAGUUCUGACUUCCGAAGAAACAGCACUCGAACACCUUCGUGCAGAGGAAGCCAGCUGCAGCUCAGAUGCCUGGUGCCAUCAUAAUUAAUCUCUCCUUUGUCUGUGAGAGGAGAAUUGAGAGAGCCAGCAGUUUGUCGUAGCAGACAGCACUGCUGAGCUGGUGAGGGGAUGUCCUUUGUUAUGUGGCAAUUCAAAGCGAUGCUGACUAUCGCAUUCAGGUAAUGAAGGAGAAAUAUUAAUAACCCUGAAGGAUUAAGGAGCUUCCACACACCAGGUGGGUGGUGAAGGCGCAGGUGGGAUGCAGCACCUCCCUGACCUCUCUCAAGGCCCUAAGCAGGGAGAUGAGCUUAGUGGUUGGUCCUGCUGCAGGACAGGACAGCCCAUCCCAGCGCAUAGUGAUGCAUAUCCCCUCGCUCUGUUUCCAGAGACCAACCUCUGACAACUCGGGAAGGAGAAGCAGGAAUCUUCUGGUUACUCCUAUUUGCUUGGGGACCAAUUUCCAAAGAAGACAGAACUUUGGAGAAGUCCUACCAGAAGAGAACAGAAGCCACUGUGGUACCAAUGUGGUACGUGUUUGUGCUUUUCCUGGUAGGGCCUUGCUGCCUAAGUGCCUAGAGGUACGGAUGUUGUAACAUGCUUUUCAGGGCAAGCAAAGGCUCUUGUCCAUUUGCGUUCCAAACCUGAACACAUGCCUGUGUUAUAGACAGGGAAUGGCAGUUAAUUCUUGCUUUUCCUUCCCUAGAGGGGAAGUGAGAGUGCUGGGCUGAAACACUGGCACUGGGACCUAAAGGUGAGCUGUGCUCUUCUGGGGCAGGCUGAGGGUGGCUGUGGGUGGGAGCAGCGUGCCUGCCCCACGCAGCAGAUACAUGCAGGAACCACAGCACGCACCGGUGCUGGCCACAGGCUGCAUCCUCACCCUGGUCCUGUAAGGAAACAUUUUGCUGGCGGGGCAAGUGCUGCGCCUGCAUGGCAGCGACAGUUUUUCUUUUUCACUUCCUGUGGUUUCUCUGCAGAGCAGUGUGGGAGAGCUCUGCCGUGGGUCUCGCAGCACAGCUUGCUCCGGUGUUCACACUGCGCAGUGACCUCGUAGCUGUGAGUGGGGACCCUGCAGAAGGCAGUGUGCUGGUCUGCAGCUUUUGUGUGAGGUGAUGGCCUGAGAGCUCUGCAACAGCACUUUCCACCUAACUGGACCAAGCACAGCUGCCUGCAACAUGCACGUCAUCAGAUCUAACACCACGGAUAAGCACAGCUUUAGUUCUUAACCAUGUGAGAAGAAAUAACACUUCAAACUCAAGAACCUCAUGAGGUAAGGGAUGGCUUACAACUUUUCUCCCGUUGGAUAUCCCUACACUUCAACAGAAAUCAUGGCACACAUUUCCUGGACUGAAGGUGUCUCCAACGAGACAGCUGUCAGGUUGGAAGCGGACUUCCAGUAUUCCUUGUUUACCAUCAUCUACAGCAUUGUGUUUGUGCUGGGACUGAUAGAAAACGUCUUAGCUCUGUACCUCCUGUCUAAGAAAGCAAAGCAUGCUUCUCCUUCCUCUGUAUACAUGAUUAACCUAGCUCUGGCAGACACCUUGUUUGUUUGUGUGCUGCCUUUUAAAAUUCAUUACCACCUGAAUCGGAACAAUUGGAUCUUUGGCGACGUGGCUUGUAGGAUAACUGGGACUUUGUACUACAUCAACAUCUAUCUAAGCAUUGUCUUUUUCACCUGCAUUUGUGUCGAUCGUUACAUUGCAGUGCUGCACCCCUUCACGUACAUCCAGAUCAGAGUCACUCACUAUGUGGUGGUGGCCGCAGUCCUUUGGGUGGUCGCCCUGAGCAUCAUGGUUGCACUCAUCCUUGGUGGUCCCCUCCACAACAAAGGGCUGAGGAACACGACCAUGUGUUUUGAGAACUUUGCAAGGAGCAGCUGGAUUUCUCGCAUGGCCCUUUACAACAUCCUGGCCUUAGUGUUUGGUUUUGUCAUCCCCUUUUCCAUCAUUCUGAUCUGCUACCCUCUCAUUGCGAGGAGGAUCUCCCAAAUCAAACACAGCAUUCGCAAGAGGAAGGCUCUGACUACUAUCUACAUCAUCUUGCUCAUUUGUACUUUCUGCUUUCUCCCGUACCACCUCACCCAUUUCCUCCAUUUUUUAAUGAGAAGCCAGAUCAUCCAGAACAAGUCAUUUACUAACCUGAUCUACAAAAUGCGAAGGGUCACCUUAGCCCUGGUGAGUUUCAACUGCUGCCUUAACCCGUUCCUGUACUACUUCACCUCUUCUAGCAGGACGUGGCACUUCAACUUCAGGCUCAGAUUCAGGUCUAAAAUGGUGUACACGAUCUGUGACCAGAAACUUGGAGAGUACUCCUACGUUUAUAAACUACACCAGAGCUGUGAAAAUAAAAAACACAGAGAUGGAAUCAACUGACCUAUUCCAAAAUCACGCAACUUCAGAGAACUGCUGAGUUUUCCACCCAUAAAGUGAGACUAUACCAUCACAAGAGGGAAGAAUUUAUCAUUCAUGAGUUACCAGACACCAGAAAGCACGGGCCUGACUCAACUUCCUUAAAAGCCAGCAGCUUUCUUGAGAGGAUGAGAUUUUGCUAACAGCUGAACAGCCCCGCUGCUCUGUUCCUUCCUAUGCCAUCUCCCUUAACAGGCAAUGGAAGGACUUCCAGCACUGCAGGAACUUCUCUACAACUAACCACAAAUGUUAUGAUGUGGACAGAGAAGGAUUUUUUAUAAUUGUUUUUUUUUAUCUAUAUAUAUAUAUUUUUUUUUUUUACUAGAAACUACAUCAAGAAGGUGCAGCUUUCUUGAAGGCAUGUCAGCUGGUAUUCAUACUUCCCUCAAUGGAAGUGCAGCUGCUGGGUAAACAGCAUAUUUAGGGCUUCAUACUUCUGCCUACAUUAUAUUUCUGCUUUGCCUUUUCAUUGUGAAGCUUUGAAAGCUCCUCGUUUGGGCCCCUCAGCAAAAAGAUUUCCUGAUAAUAACCUUUAAUGACACCCUUAAUGCCUGAAGCCCAGGGGGCUGUUCUGCCCCGUGCACAGAGCCCAGGCCUUCAGGUCAGUGCAGGACUGGGCUCACUGCGUGGCUGUUCCUUCUACUUAUUUUUGUGAACAAAAAGCCAGAAUGGCAUUGCUGAGCUUCUAAAGAAAACAAGCUGCAGGAGGAAAAGAAUCCUGAAUCUCUCUUACCUUACUGUGUAAGUAACGUGAAGUUUGUUCUUCAAGACUUCUUAAAAACAGGCUGCAGUGACAACCCAGACCAGUUUCCAAAAGAGGAAGACUGCAGUACUGCUGAACUCUCUCACUGUGGCUAAUGGACAGACACUGAAGUUCUUUGUCAAAUGUUUUUCUAGUUUUGUUUUAAUAAUGUAAACAAAAUAAGAUUUGUAUUUCCCUGAAGCACCAACUGUGCCUGCUGCUCUCUGGCUCACGAUGUACUCUGGGGCAGUCCCUUUUUCAGCAGGGAUGUGAGAUAGCUGCCUAACUCUUCAUCCUAAAGAAAAGAAAAUCAGGAUGAAAGCAAUUGUCCACUUGACUCUUUCCCAUUUCUGCUGCCUAGAACUAGACUAAAGUAACUCCUGGACGCAACAGCAGGCAGUGUUCAAAAAUGGAAACCAAUGCAGUUAGCACAAAUGUAUUCCUAGGUGUUCUUUCAAAAUACCAGUCUAAAACUUCUGCUUGUCCAACAAGGUGUCUGGAUCUCUGAGUUCUCUCUUUUAAAAUAAAUGACAAUUUUUCUUGAAAGCAAAGAAUGAAAA